AUGCGCACAUCACUACGCCUCGUCCUCGCGGUCACGCUGCUCGCCAGCAGCAGCAGCGCCAGCGCAGUCGCCGCACCCCCGCCCGCCGCCAACACCAACGACUCGCCCGACGCCGCCCCAUCCCCGACGCCCUACUCGCCUUUCCUCCCGGGCCUAAUCCUCGACAACAUCCCCUUCCUCCACCACGACCACCACGCCGCCGCCGCCGCCGCACCACAACCUCCACUCUCCACACCCACACCCGCCUCCGCCUCCAACACCGCCGCAACCACCUCCCCCACCACGACCCCAGCGCCCGACCACCACAACCUCCUCGCCCUCCUCAAACGCCAAGCCUCGUCGUCGUCAUCCAGCAGCUCCUCGGGCGGCACCACCUGCCCGGCCUCGUACUCUGCGUGCGCCGCGCUCGGCGCGCCGGGCCUGUGCUGCCACCGCUCGAGCAACUGCGCCGUCGACCAGGCCGGCCACGUCGCGUGCUGCCCGUCGGGCGCCGUGUGCACCGGCUCCAUCCGCGCGAGCUCGACCGUCGCCGCCGGCUACGGCGUCACCACCGUCACCGAGGGACAGGGCUCGGGCUCGACGUCGAGCCUGGGGAGCUUCGUGUUGCCCACGAGUGUGACGACGACCACGGGGACGACGGGCGGGGGCGGGUUCAUCGUUGUGGCGAGCACGACGGUGGCGGAGCCGAAUGCGGCGGGGUUGGGCAGGAGGGGGUUGAUUCCGAUUGUGGGGUGGUGGUUUUCGUGA